AUGUCUAUAAAUCAAGUUGAAGCAGAGAAAAGCAACCUUGCCAGUAACAUUCCAUUUGUAUUUCUCGAUCAAUCGGAAAGAGUAAUAUUUUCUUCUCCUACUGCAAGACAAUCUUUAUGCCUUAGCCUGAUGGACUGUAAAAUUGGUCAAGUAAACAUAACAGCAAAAAAUGGCACUUUAUUUUUGACAAACAAAAGGCUCAUAUAUAUGACUGGCUCACAAGGCGAUAUAAACAAUUUUCAGAUUAUCUUAAAAGACGCUUCUUCGUUGCGAUUUUCUCACGAACUCAAGUCGCCCUUGCUCGGGGCAAAUUAUUGGGAAUUUGUGUUUUUCAGUUCUGCUGGAGGUCCCAGUAAUAUGUCACCAAAGGAUCAAUGGUUCAAGGGCCAGAUAAAAUUCAAUGAUUCUGGAAUAUUCAAUUUCAUUCAAAAGUUCGAUGAAGUACUCCACGAUUCAAUAAAUAAUCAAAAUGUUGACGAAGAGCUUCCUAGAUAUACACCCACGAUUCAAUAA